AUGACGCUCCCCGCUCCGUGGCUGUCGUACAAGACGCAGGAUGGCAAGGAAUACUACUACAACCCGCAGACGAAAGUGACGACAUGGACGCGGCCCUCCAGCUCCUCGUCCUCCGGUAAAACUCCGCCCAAGCACAAGCACAGCAACUCAGGAGGAGGAGGCGGAGGCUCGAGCUCUUCCACCCCAGCUCUGCCCACGGGAGGCGCUGGGCGUGGCGGCCUCUUGGCCCAGAUCCAGCAGGGCACCAGGCUUAAGAAGGUCAAGACGGUGGAGAAGACCAUGUUCGCUGGCCACCCCAACGGCAGCGUCGGCGGAGGAGGUGGUGGUGGAGCUGCAGCUGCUGCACUGACGGCUAGUAGCGCUCCGAUGGGCGGAGGUGGCGGCAUGGGCGCCAUGAUGACGGCUAUCCAGGCGGGAGGCAACUUGAGGAAGACCCCGAGCUCCGGCAUCAAGAGGGAGAACAGCGGAGGAGGUUCUGGUGGUGGUGCGGGUGCCUCGAAUGGAGGGGCUGGAGGCAGCUCGGCGCCCUCGACCCCGCGCCACACGCCGUCGAACUCGGGAGGUUAUGAGAAUGGCACCAGCAGCUCGGUGGAGGCGCGACUAGCGGCGAUUGAAAUCAAACUCGACAAGAUCAUGGCCAAGCUGGGCAUUGAGUAA